CAAAUAUUGCGCAUGCGCAAUGUUUUGUGCCUUUCGAGGACCCGUAGCUUCCACGGCGGGAUUCAAAUCAAGUAGGGACCAUAAGUGUCAGGAAGCUACUUUAUUUAUGUUAAUAAAACAUUUAGAGGGAGACAUUUGACGUAGCGUAACUAAUUUCAGUGUUGUAUAAAACAAAAACAGCAUAGCAUUGUAGCGAGGCAGAGUUUAGCCGGAUAACUCUGCUAGAAUAGCAGUAGCAUUAGCCGUUUGACAGUGGUAAAAGUAGUACUCGGUGAAGGGUUUGUUGUCCAAAGAUGUGCUCUUUGUCCUUGUUCACUCCUCCGCUUCCGUCCGGACACACGACAUUGUGUGAGUCCAACAACGAGCUGCUGUCAGGGAGCAACCCGGCGGAGCUACUCAAACAGGAGUCAAGUCCUUUGAGUUUGUAUUUCCCCCGAGAGUCCAUGAAGCUGCACUGUCGCACUGAGAGCAGCAGCAAGGCGGCCUUCUUGGACCACUCAGAGACAUUGUGGACGAGGAGUGCAGCAGUUUGGCGGGAUAGUGGUUUCACAGGACUACUGAAUGAAAUCAAAAACUCCCAUGAAGAGGUGCCGACAUGGUUGUCAAUGAGUUCUGGCUGCAUACUGGCCCUAUUGGAGAGGAUUUAUUCUUUUCAUGGCUCCUUGUUUCCUCAUCUCACGUUGAGCAGUGAGAACAUGAUUGCAGAGUUUUCUCAAACACUAAACUGGCCGGACUGUGUGGUGCGAGCCUUUGCCUGGCACCCGCAUACAGAUAAAUUUGCUGUUGCCUUGCUGGACGAUUCGAUUAAGAUCUACAAUCCCAAAAGUGCAACGACUCCCACUCUGAAGCACCGGUUACAAAGGAGCGUUGCAGCGGUGCAGUGGAAGCCACUGUGUGCGUCUGACCUCGCUGUCGCUUGCCAGAACUGUUUACUAGUCUGGCAUGUAGAUCCCUGCUCACUAUCCACCAGGCCUUCGUCUGGAUGUGCACAAGUUUUGUCUCAUCCCGGACACUCUCCAGUCACUUCCAUCGCUUGGUCGCCAAGUGGCCAUCUCCUUGUGUCAGCCUCGCCUAUGGACACAGCAAUGAUGGUGUGGGAUGUUGCGGCAGAAAGCUGUGUGCCCCUACAGCGUGUUGGAGGUGGUGGGGUCAGCUUUCUCUCCUGGUCCACUGAUGGUAGCCAUAUUCUCGCCUCGACACCAUCUGCUCUCUUCAGGGUCUGGGAGACCAGGAUGUGGACGUGUGAGCGUUGGCCGUGUGUAAAAGGCCGUUGUCAGUCUGGUUGUUGGAGUCCAGAUGGAAGUCGACUUCUCUUCACUGUGCAAGGAGAAACUGUCAUCUAUGCUUUGACCUUCACUGACAAACAAGGUGCACUCGCAUGCACUUUAAAAGGUCCACUAGCAGCAGCAGUGGUGGCCGACCUGUCAGAGACCACCUUUACCACGCCAGAGGGAGACGUCACUGUCGGUGGAGAGAUCCAGUCCCUUACUUGGGACCCGAGAGGAGAACGACUUGCUGUGCUUCUCAAAGGUGAUCCACAAGCAGACCGUCCUGCAAUAAUUGCAGUGUUUAAGACCAGAACGCGGCCCAUUUUUGAACUUUUGCCAUGUGGUUUUGUUCAAGGAAAUCCUGGUGCAGAACCAAGACUGAUGCAGUUCCACCCCAAAUUUCAGCAUGGUGCUCUGCUCACUGUGUGUUGGUCCACUGGAAGAAUUACACAUGUGCCUUUCUACUUCAUGAGUGGCAACCCUCCCCAGCUUGGCUUUAAUGGCAGUCAGUCACUACCACGCCAUCAGCAGCAUUGUACUGACCUAGCCAAUCAGUCGCUCUUUACAGAACUCAUGUCAUGACCAUUAAUCAUAUAUCUCUAAUUUGUAGCAUGUUUGCCAAUAAAAUGUUUUGAAGGACAUUUUAA